AUGACUACCACUACCAUCCCCAAAUUAACUGAUAUUUACAAAACUCAUCCUCUCGAUAUUCCCACCAACAAAUUAAACCUCGACUCUCUCCAACAACUUCCCGACACCUAUGAUUGGAUUCAACCUGAUGCUUUCCCUUCAUUUAGAGACCCAAACAUUUCUCUAUCAGAUUCUGUCCCUUUGAUUGACCUUUCUCUCCCUAAUGCCCCUCAUCUCAUUGGCAAUGCCUUGAAGACUUGGGGGGUAUUUCAGGUCAUUAACCAUGGUGUCCCCAUUUCUCUUCUCAACUCCAUGGAAUCCUUCACCAAUACUCUCUUUGAUCUUCCUUCUCCCCACAAACUUAAGGCUGCUCGUACUCCCGACGGCGUAACGGGCUAUGGCCUCCCUCGUAUCUCCACCUUCUUCCCUAAACGUAUGUGGUCUGAGGGCUUCACUAUCGUUGGUUCGCCUCUUGAACACUUUCAAAAACUCUGGCCAAAUGAGUAUUCCAAAUACUGUGAUAUAACGGAAGAAUACAGCCGAGAGAUGAAGAGUCUAUGUGGAAGGGUGAUAUGGCUUGCAUUGGGAGAAUUAGGCAUAACUCGAGAAGAUGUGAAUUGGGCCGAGGCGAAUGGGGAUUUCAAGACCAGUAAUGCAGUCAUUCAAUUGAACUCUUACCCAGUCUGCCCGGACCCAGACCGGGCGAUGGGACUUGGGGCUCACACAGACACCAGCCUCUUAACCAUUCUGUAUCAAAACAACACAAGAGGGUUACAAGUUUUGAGAGAAGGGAACCGGUGGGUGAUGGUGGAGCCGGUAACCGGUGCACUGGUGGUUCAAGUCGGAGACUUGCUACAUAUUCUUACAAACGGGUUGUACCCGAGUUCAGCCCAUCAGGCCGUCGUGAACCAAAACCGAAAACGUAUAUCGAUAGCGUACUUUUUUGGACCAUCGGAAAGUGCCGAAAUUUCACCGCUUAACAAACUUGUGACCCCAACUCAACCAUUACUUUAUCCCACGGUGACUUGGACUGAAUAUCUCCGUAAAAAAGCUCAGCUUUUUAACAAUACACUUUCAUCUAUCCGCCUUUCCGCUCCUCUUACUGGUGCGUUAGACAUCAACGAUCACAACCAGGUGAAGGUAUAG